CUCAAAUUUUCCAAAUUUAAACCCACGCCACCCGCUUUACAAAUAACCCCCCACCCCCCAAUAUAAAAACAAACCGCCAUAAUAGUGUGAGGACAAACAAAACAAAACAAAACAAAACCAGUUUUUUUCACCCAACAAAAACUUCCCCUCCCAAGUCCCAACAUAAAACUUCCCCAAAAUCAAGUCCAUCCAUCCCAAAUCAAUCCCAAAAUGGAGAUGAAGAAGAUCCAACUCAGGGCCCCUCUCGCGAUUGCAAUGUUGAUGUGCCUGAUUAUAUCCUCCUCCGCUGCUCUCCUCGGCGGGUUUUCUACGGCCGACCCGAAAGAUCCCCAAGUUGUGGAUAGCGCCAAGUUUGCGGUAACGGAGCACAACAAGCAAAACCACACGGAUCUGGUGUUCAAUAAGGUGGUUAAGGCGGAGCGUCAAGUUGUGGCCGGAACGAAUUACCGGCUCGGGAUUGAGGCUACCGAUAACGGAGCCGCUCAUCGCUACAUUGCUGAAGUUUAUGUGGCUUUGAACCAAACCAAGUUUCUUACUUCAUUCAAGCAGCUGGGCAAUUAAUUAAAUUAGUUACACUUAUAUUCUUAUUAGAAUUACGAUAUUUUCAGACGUUUUUUAUUUUUUCUUGGGGUAAUAAUCGAAUAAAUACUGCUUCCCUGGUGUGAUGUAGGUUUUGAUUUUACACGAAUUCAUCGUGAGUGUUUUCCUUUUUGAUUUGUAUGUCCUGUAGUAUUUGUUUUUUUUUUUUUAUUGAAUAAAUGUUUUGAAUUUUUGAGUAGUUUUUACGUUUUGAUGAUGUGUUGUGUAGACCUAUCAUGGUUAUCGAAUUUUUUUUAUUUUUCUUAUUUUUGUUUUUAACUUGUUUCCUAAAAUCUCUUCAACAAUUGCCAUUAAUCUUGUAGUACUGCGACUGGUCUACUAGCGUUAAUUAUAGUGUCUACCCGAAGUUGGGCACGUCUUAAUUACAUUAUAAAUCUUACUCCCUCACUUCCAAAAUAGGUG